AUGGGCUCGCUUCUUGACGGGCUGCUGGGCUCCCUGGAGCGCUUGAGAAGAUUGUUGCUGCUGUGUGGGUUGGGAAAUGACUCGGUUAUGUUGAGAUUGUUGAGGAAGGGGGUAUUCGGUAUGGGGAGGCUGACCAUUGACGCAAAAGAAAAAUUCGUACGGAGGGCGAACUCCCCAGAUAUAUUUCCAUCCACGCAGGUUGGCUUCUCCAUAACUGCAUGCUUAAGGCAAUUCAGCCACGAGCAGCAACGCAAUCCAAAAAUCUCUACGCAUACUCAUAUCGGAGGUCAGCACAAUAGGAUUGAAGCAUCCAUACGUCUAACACCAGCGCUUCCUCCUGCUAUGGGGCCAGCAACUGGAUCUCGGGUGCUUCGAGAGAACUACCCGCUUCCACCUGUUCCAAAUCCUACCAGCAGUUCACAAUCAUACCCAUCUCGUAGCCCAUCAAUGAUGGACAAAGGGCCUCCAUUGCCACCAUUACCCACAGAACUUGGUUGUGAGAGCGCAAAAAAUCCUCCACCAACAGGCCAAAACACCAACAGACCUGGUCAUUGUUCUUGCGCAUAUCGGCACAGAGAUUUGUUGGGAAGAAUCUGGAUUGGACCGGAAGACGAUCGAUAUCUGAGUUCUCACGAUGGGCGCUUAGCGGAACUUGUUGUGCAGACGGCUGAUCAGACGGUUAUGGGAGGUCCCAUCAGCGACGAGUCUUCUGUAUCAUUGAACGCAAACCAGAAGGCUGAAAGGGGCCAAAUUCGCCUCGGCGAAGACGACUGGGGUAGAGUUUUUGUCAAGUGGCUUCCAGCGUCCUUUGCACUUUUCGUUUUGAUGUUCAUUCCCGCAGACUUGAAUGGCGAAGUGAGGAACAGCGGUUUCUAUGAAAAGUUCAAGUACCGAUAUUGGGGCUAUGCUAAAAUCCCAAGCAACCCCCAAGACAGUGCAAUGAACAAUCGCAGGGUACUCGGAGAGAGUCAAGGAAUCAACCCUAUAUCGGAGCGGCCACUCCGACCAAGAUAUUUAUGUUUUCUGGAUGAAGUGAAUGGAGUCAGUGUUGAGAAAGUUGAAGAUCGGAUUUCCCGGAAAGGAAUUGAAUAUGACAUGAAUUAUAUCUUCGUGGCAUAUACGAACGAGCAAUUCUCUCAGGACGAGGAUGAAGACAUGGAAGCUCUCCACCAUAUCGCCCAGGGAGCAGCUAGAGCCACUGGUGUCCCAGCAUACUGGAUUGGAUGCAGCUGCAUGCCUGACGAAGACCAGAUAACAGAAGAUAUCCACCGGAUCAGCGAUGUCGUUCGCGGCGCUCAUUCUUUGGUCGUUAUUGUCGGCCCCCCAUCCGGAAAUAAUGAGUGUGAGAUGGGGAUGGAGGGAAUGCUGAAACAGUGGGGAACUCGAAUGUGGACAUUUCCAGAGGUUCUGCUCAGUCCCCGGAACCACGAAAUUGCCGUUUACACUCGUGGGCAGGACAUGAACAGCCCUCUGACGGUGCAUAAAAGAAACUUUGCAGCUCUUGCGUGGGAGGACGCAGCUAUUGCUAGGCAGCUGGUUGACCACUAUGAAUCGUCCAUACACUUGACACCGCUGGAAUUAGUUACUCUUGCAUUGCGGUGCUUACAAAGUCGAGAGACCGUGCAGUGGUCCGAAGGUGAUAUGUCGUAUGCAUUGAUGGGACUUCUGCGGCGUAGGCCCAAGGUCCAUCCUGAAGACACUGCUUUCCAGGCUUUCGCACGACUAUCUCUCGCCAACGACAGCAACAAGUUACUUGAACGCUUGAUUUGCACACUGCCCAAGGAUAUCGGCCAACAGUGGUACACGACAGACGAUGCUUGGGACGUAAAUUUAUGGGAUAUCGAUCCGACGUGCCAGGUUGCUGGAGUUGGCGACGACAAUACGGUAAUCCUGAGUGGAGCAUUUGGAGCUCCAAUUCGAUGGAAAUCGUUCGCUCCAGUUGCCCUUCUCACGCGGACUACAGUGAAGCGUUGGGUCGCAAGGAUCUGCCUUCGCGGAGCUCCAGCGUGGUUCAUUUUGGGAGUCUUCUUCAUUGCGCUCGGUUCCGGCACUCCUAAGAUCAAGAUUCUUCUUGGUAUCGGCGGCUUCUUCCUCGCUUUCUCGUUGGCUACGAUCCUCGCAUCUCCGUACAUGCUUCGUGUCAUCUACAUGGGCAAAUCAUGGGGCACACAACCAUGGUUCUUCGGCUUCGAAGGCUACCUUGACAUCGCAACCAUUGAAACCAACAUUUUUGGCGUUAAUUUGGGUCGCCUGACGUGGAGCCCAUUCAGUAGCGAGCUUUCUCGCCACUACGAGACAGAUGAAGAUGAGUGUAUCGGGAUAGAUCCCACGGAAGAUCCAGUUGUCAAACGUCUAGUACAGGAGGCUAGCAACGGAAAUCAUGGGCAACCAAAGGUAUUCACGCUUGUCGACACUUACACCAUGACAGUGACAAUGUUUCGGGCUGCGCGACCGCCCGUUGCAGUGUUAUUGUGCGGAAGUGAGGGAGGCAUGCAGCGUGCCGUCAUGUGCUCCUAUGACUGGCCAACUCAAACACUUUAUCGCGAGACAGUAUUGCGGAUGAAGACGUUGGUGUUGGAAAAGAUGUCUCGAGUGGAUAGUUUACAGCUUGGAUUGCAGAGGCCGCCUCAGACCCGCUGCCACUGCAAACCUUCACAAACAUAUCCCGAGGGAGGAGCUAACAAUGUUUGAUGAAAAG